AUGUCACCCCUUGAGAACCAUAAACAUGUUCCCCAAGCCAUGAAAGAGCUCAUAAGGAUCUUCUCAGCUCUCUCCAGGGCAUGCCAGUGCGAGAACUCUCGCACACAGGCUCUCCGGCGAGCGCUUGAGCUUCCGCAUUUGUUGUCUUAG